GGGUAAUCCAUAAUGGCGGACGACGUGAGUGUGUUUUUAUUAAUUCUCUGGGGAUAAACAAAAACGGUUGUUUGUUAUUUAAAAGAGCGUUUACAUUCAGUUUCUCAAUUAAAUCUCUUUGCUCAUUGCUCCAUAAUGGCAAAGAAGAAUUCGAAAGGGAAGACGCAAAAAUGGGAACCAGUAGAAUUGGACGAUCCUUCGUUCUUUGCGGAAUUGGUGCAGGUGGACCAGCUCAGAAGAAGAAAAUAAAAGAACGGCCGCUGCAGGAGGUGAAUUGCUUAAAACGCUUUAAAACAUACCGCAUGGUUAAAUUUAGAAGAUACAAAUGUAAGAUUCACUUCAAGCACGUAGUGAAAUUACCCUUGUAUUUUACGAGAAAUUGGGAAAAAAUUAUCUCUUUAAAUUUUUUUGUUUAUUUAUUUUUUAUUAUAACUCAUCUUUAAUUAUUAAAUGUUGAGGGUUGUCCAAUACAUCCAAAUUGGGUUGAGUCGUUCACAAAUCGACACACCAGAAGUUAAUUAGUGGUUAGGUCAUCUUGUGAUACUGGAAAUCUGAAUAAACCGUGCCUCUUAAGGAUUUUCAAGACGCUUAAUAAUAAUCCUCAACCUGACCCAAAUGGAAUGACUUGUCUCCUGAGUCAGAUUGGGUGUAUUGGACAUGAGAAUCAAAACUAAGAUAACUGCUAGUCAUACCUUAAAUGAGAAAAGAAACAAACAAACAAAAAGAAAAAAAACAACAACAACACUCACCACAAGAACUACAUGGAAAUACAGGAAUUGAUUGAAAUCAUUUUGAGAGCAGUUUGUCCUAAUUUUUUUGAAGACAGCAGACUGCAUUGUCCCAAGGGCUCAUGCAUUUUGUCAGUCUUUACCCAUACAUGCACAAUUAUGUAUAUCUAAGAAUAGAAGCUUCUCUUUGGUUUUCUCUAGAAGUUUGGCUAACGGGGAAAAAAAAAAGCUACAUAGUAUUGUCUUUUGAUUUAAAUCUUCAGGAUAAUCUGGAACAAACAGUUACCAUACCAUCCACACAACUUGAAAAAGCACAAAGAAUGACCAACAGACAAAGGGAAAAAAGAAGAGGAAAAAGAAAAACAAGGCCCAAAGUAAAGCCCAGUCAGAAGAGCAAAACAGAGUAGAAAUGGUCACUGACAAUAGACUGGUGGAAGAUCCUUCAGGUAAGAUUUAAUUUUAGGAAUUAUGGAUGGGAAAUGCACAAAACAAAGUACAAUUUUACUCUAAUGAUUGUCCUUGAAUUUUAUUAUUAAGAAGAGAAUCAAACACAUUUUGUGUAGAUAAUGUUAUCUUGGAAAAGACAUGAUUUUCUAUAAGUAAUGGUAAUUGAACUAAGUGGAGUGCAAUUUGGGCUGAAAUCAUAUGCGUGAUUUCAAAAUCAAACGAGUGCACAGCAUGAGUGCGAUUUGAAAUCACAAGUAUGAUUUCAGACAUGACACGAGGUUCAAUUACCACUUUAUUACAUCCAUUUUGAAAUCACCCAAAUACAGGACUUGGCAAGUUCAAAUAUUUUAUUGCUGCAGUACUGAGCUGGUCUGAAAUGAAAUUCACCCAUUUUUUUUUUUUUUUUUGGGGGGGGGGGGAAAGUAAGAGUUUUGGAAACAAAAGUUGCAAAAUUUGCCACGUGAUACUCUUUGUCUUUCAUUUUCCUGCAAUUUGAUCAGUUACUUUAAACAAGCCUUGAAAUUUGAUUGGUUGUUUUGUUUUUAGUGUAGCCACCUCAUUGGCUGGAAAAAAGAUGUGAUUUAAGGCGAAAAAUGAUGUGAUUCAUCAAUAAAUUGCAUCAAUUAGAGCCAAUCAGAUUACAGGGACCACCAGUGAUUUCAAAAUGGGUAUAAUAAAUAAUGUAAUUUUACUGAUAAGUUUUUUAUUACUGUAUUGUUAUUUAUUAAUUAAGUGUUUAUUAAUUUAGAUUAUGAAACCUUUAUAAACAUAUUUCAUAUCUAUGCAGAUACAAAUAACUUAUUAUGUUCAACUGUAAUAAAAUGAUAUUUCCCACCAACACUAUGAGUUUAAGAUGCAGUCAUAUUUUAUAGCUAAAUCAUUUAUUUUGAAUGAACUAAACUUCAGAGCCCAUGGUAGAUAUUAGUACUUGGGAAGUCCUUGGUACAUACAUACAUACAUAAGCUUCAUUUAUCCUCGGAUUUCAGUGUAGCUUACAAGCUAGUAUCUCCGAUCCUAAUUACUAAUUUUAAAAGUUACAGCAAGAACAAGGCUAAAAAGAGAAAAAAAUAAUUCAUAAUAUAAUAAUAUUAUAAUCAUUAAUAUAAUAAUAUAAUGUAAUAUUAAUGUAAUAGUAACAGAAACCGUGCACUAACAGUUUGCGCUUAAAUUCACUAUAACCUACAGUCUUUCUAAAGUGGUCAGGGAGGGAGUUCCAGUACUUAACAGAUGAAUAGCUAAAAUAAUUUAGACCAUAUGUGGUUGUAAACGGCUUAGGAAGUGAUAAAAUAUUGGUGCCCCUUGGGGAGUAAGCAGUAGAUCUUAGCUUGAUCAGUUGUUUCAAAUAGCACGGAUAUUUACCAAGAUGGAGACAGUUGAAUAUACAAAUCAUCAUAUUUUGUAUCCUCCUGCCUUGUCUAAAAGAUCAUCAUAGUUCGAGUCCCAGUCCUUUAAAACAAAUCUUAAAAUACCUCUAUUUAAAGUGUCCAGUUUAACAGAGUCCUCUGAAUUACAAAAGUGCCAUAUCAUUGAACAGUAGUGAAAAUGGGGUAACAUAAACGUUUUAUAAAGGCGAAGCAUAAUUUCGGUAGAAAUAAGUUUGCCAAAUCUUUUGAAGACACUGAACUGAUUAUUUAUUUUUUUACAUACAGAGGAUAUGUGUUCCUUGAAAUUAAGUUCAUUAUCAAGAAUUAUUCCAAAAAGUUCCAGGCAUCUUGUGGUUGAGAAGGAGAAAGGGUAAUCGGUUUUGCCAAGAACCAUCCCUUGGUGUUUAGCGGGAUUGGCUUUCAUCCCAUUGUCUUCGAACCAUUUGUUUGCUAUUUGUACAUCAUGAUUGAUCCGCUGUUCCAAGGCUACUGGGUCUACGUCAGAUGUGUACAGUUGGCAGUCAUCAGCAUAAGUGUUUAGUUUUACAGAUUUAAUGUGAAAGAUGAGGUCAUUGAGGAACAUGUUGAAAAACAUGGGUCCCAGGACACUGCCUUGAGGCACGCCACGCUUCACGCUCAUCCAAUCCGAAUAAGUAUCACCAAUUUUCACUCGCUGCAUUCUAUCCGUCAAGUAGUCACCGAUAAGGGCACAGCUGGAUUCAUGCAAACCAUACGCUUUCAGUUUCGCUAGUAGCAAAGCAUGAGGUACGGUGUCGGAAGCUUUUGACAAAUCCAUUGAUAUAACCGCCACGAUCUCUUUAUUAUCUAGACUACGCCUCCAGUCCUCAGUCAGCCUAAGCAAAGAUGUCUCACAGCUAUGGUGCCUUCUGUAGGCAGAUACGUAUUCGGACAAUAUGUUUUGGUAAAAGUCGCCCAUUUGAGCUGAAAGCAGCCUCUCGAAAACAUUAUUGAGCGCAGGUAAAACGGUCACUGGUCGAUAAUUGCUUUUGUUCAGUUCAUCGUCCUUUUUAAAUAAAGGAGUAACUUGACCUAAUUUCCAGCGUGACGGAUACUGUCCUGUCCUGAUCGAGUGAUUCAUUAUUGCAGCAAUAGGACCAGCAAUCGCGUUGGCAGACUCUUUUACCAGUCGCGGUGGUAUUCCGUCAUGACCACAGGAUUUGCGGGAGUUGAUUUCGAGUAACAAAGCUUCCACUUGGGUUUUAUUAGUAUAUUGAAAAGCAAAUUUGUUUCUCACAGCGAGCUGUUCAUUGUUGUUGAAAAUCGCCUGAAUGCUAGGAUGCGCAUCCAACUCUUUUCCAUAACUCUGUUCAGUAAUCUCUGGCACGCCGUCCGCGAUGUUGACAAAAUAACUAUUAAAAGCUCCGCCAUUUGUUUUUUGUCUGUUAUCACGACAUCGUGAAUAACUUUCGCGAAUGAAACGUUUCCACAAACGGUUUUUCUGACGAAUAGCUUUGCGCCAUUGUUCAUUCAUAAAGGGAACUUGAUUUCCCCUUAUGCGGACCUGUUUCAAAGGUGCAUGCUCACCAAGAAUGUCUUCGUAUAGACAAUCAAACACGUAGAGCUUAUCGUCAACGUCGUCAAAUAUUUCAGCUACUUGGAAAGGAAAAUUAUGCAAAUCAUGUAGAAAAUGCUGUUUAUCAAAAUUUUUAAGGCUUCUGAAUUGUAUUUUCCGAGAUCGUAUUCUCGGUUCCGAUGCCCUGAGCAUGGCAAACACAAGAGAGUGAUCACUUAUAUUAACAUGGACUACGCCCGAUGACUGUAUUUUUCUCAAGUUGUCAGUGAGAAAAGGUCCAGUAGGGUUUCUGAUGUCUUGGUAAUACGGGUGGCUUCAUGUAUUAAAUUCUUCAAGUCGUAAAUAUCAAGUAGGUUUGCCAUAACUCUACCAUCCCUUGGCGGCUUGUCUGGUAGUAACAUAUCUGAGUUAAAGUCGCCUACGAAAAAGCAGUUACCAGGAAGUAUUGUGAUCGCCUCAAGUAUUGAAGAUAGUUCAAAUUUCCAUAGCGAUUGUGGGAUAGACGCAGAUGUUGGAGGUCUAUAGAAACCGACGAUGGUUUCCCACUUCUUAGCUAUCCUCACCUUCAGCACAAUCGAUUCAGUCUUGUACCGUUCACGCUCACAUAAUCGAAGAUUGGGAAGGUCUUUAAUGACUUUAAAGCAGAGGUCUGCGCGGAUAUAGACCAAUAAACCACCGCCAUGUGUGUUUCUGUCAGCCCUACACAUUCGAUAUCCGGUGACCAUAAAUUGACUAUCUGGAAAACUGGAAUCCAGCUUCGUUUCAGAAAGUACUAAAAUAUCAAACUUUCCUUCUAAUAGCCAAUACUUGACCUCAAAGAAUUUAAAACCUGCAAUAUGGUCCACAUUAACAUGUCCGAUUUUAAUGUUGGUCCAAUGUUUCUUAAUCAAGGCAUCAUAUUCACUCCAUGUUUCAUCGUCGGAACAUGAUCCAGUAGAACUGUUGGUACUUGUGCUGGAGUUUAAACUCGAGUCCGCAAAAGGUAAUUGGCGAAGAGCCUCCAUACAUGACUCACAAGUGUGCGAUGUACUGCCAGACGACUGCAAAAUUAGAUAUUGCUCAGGGGUCACACCACCGCAUUUAAUGUGAGACCACAACGAGCAGCAGUCGCAUAUGGUUGCACGGUGAUUUCUAGCAAUCGUCCGAUCACACUCCUUGCAUUUUUUACGAGAACUGUCAUGGCGGACGGCUGAUUUACAAGUCGAGUUACAUUGCCUGUGAGGUCCUGGAUGAGGAUGAAUGUCUCCACUUCUAACCACAGAAAGAGCAACCGGGUUGAAGGAAGCCGUACAGUUCGAAUAGUACGCCACUCUUGACUUCUGAAACUUCUUGUGAGGUGAGGUGACAAAAUGGCCGCCGAUCCGUGACAUAUGCCUUGGCGAAAUUAGAUUGAAAUCGACCGAGUAUGAGUUGAAAUACUUGAAAAAUUUAUCCCCGUAAUGCACUUGAACAUUCUUCGAGAGCUUGAGAGAGUAUAAGUUGACAGAGAACAAAGCUAACAGCGAAAAACUUAUUAAAAUUACGGACAAGCUCGAAACACGUCUGACCGCCAUAACCACCGCUGACGCUCAUAAGUAACCGAGUAACGGUACGGAAACAGCCAUGCGGAAAGUGAUGAAUGAUGUUCUUCUUAACAUGAACUCUCAGCAAGUCUCACUUAAGGUGUUCCCAAAGAAGUUCAGAGAGGACUCAGUGAACAAAGUUUUACUACACCAACCCCUAUACAGACUCUCUCCCUUCCACCUGCAAUAUUCCACUACAGGGACAUCAUUGAUGCAGCAGAAACAGUGAGUUGAAUCAGAGCAGUUAGAUUGGUGGAGGUCUCCUUUUUUAUGUGUACUGUUUGUGUACUUGGUUUCACAACUGUUUUGAAGAAUCCUUUUUUUUUUUUUGGAGAGGGAGAGAGAGAGGAAAAAAAUAAUUUUCAACAUGUACAUGUGUCUACUAUGAUCUACACCUAGCUCAUUUAGCUCAUUUAUGUGUAAGAAGACUUUCCCACACAUUAUGGCAAACAGUUUCUGUUACUUUAGAGCUGGUCUUUGACCUGAAUUAAUGUCUAAGUAUUAAGUGAUUGUUGAAUAAUUAUAAAUAUGACUUUUGUAAAAGCACUCUUGAGGAGAGCUGUUGAGCUGAAAGUAUGUGUAUGAUGUACCUCUAGAGAGAGAGAGAGAGGACUGACUGACUGACUGACUGAUGGUUAAAUUUUGCUCUCUUAAGAACUAAUGUAAUAGCUCUUCCUUCUUUAUGUAGGCAUUCUAUAUCUUCCUAUAGUUGGUUGAUGGAACAUUAAUUAUACAAAAAUGUGCAUUACAAUAAGAUUGUCAAGAUAAGUCCCUUCAGGUUGUAAGUUUCGUAGUUUUCAUAUCAUUCAUUGGAUAAUGCCUUGAAAUUGUCUGUUGAAGUUAUGAUAAAAUCACUUGGGAGAAGUUUAGCUUCCAGGAAUGGCUGAUUUUUGAGGAGGUUAUUAUUUAAGGAUAUUAAUUUAAAAAUUUAUGUAUUUAUUAGGGUUCAGGUAAAACACAAGCCUUUGGGAUUCUAAUUCUCACCCACAUCCUUGGCCACAAGUCCAGUCAAGAAGCAGGUGAAACUACAAAAAAUACUACCAAAAAUAAUGCUACAAAAGCCACAGAAACUGGUAAUGGAACAUCCAAGCUCAAGAAACCACUCCUGGCAUUGAUAAUGACACCAACCAGAGAAUUGGCUAUACAAAUAAAAAAUCAUCUUAAACAGGCUGCAAAACACACAUCCUUAGAGGUAACAUCAUGUACUUAAAUUGACAAUUUGGAAGUCAUCUCCACAGUUAGAUUCUGUUUUCCCAUUGUUAGAAACUCAAUUAUUACUUUAUUUUAAUUGGCCCAAGUCAAUUUUCUCUCCUGAGCCUUCAAUUUUCCUCUUUUCAGUGGAGCAGAAUGCAAACCUAUCUCUUGUUUGGAAAGCAUUUUUUUAUUUUUUUUGGGAAACAUGAAUUUGUAGCCACAAUAGGCUUAAGCAAUUUAAAUAAUGAUGAGUUAGUGCUGAAAACAUAAACUCUAUUGUUUUUUGGUACCAUAUUCUGGACUGAAAUAUUUAUUUUAUCUUCGCCCCUUCACCAGCAAAGUAUAUAAAAACCCUUUUGUUCAGAGAAUUACAAUCCUAGCCCCUAUGAUGUACCAUUUACCCCCUACCCUCCCCUCCCCUCCCUUGCCGCCCCUUCUAGUCCUGUUUCAACUUGUAUCUUUUAUUGGAGAAAUACCCACCAAACAAAGUACCUCAAAAUUAUUUGAAUCAGUAAACAAUUCCUUUUUUUCAAGAUUGUUGCUGUGGUUGGAGGAAUGGCACCUCAAGAACAACAGAGGCUUUUAAACAAGUAUCCUGAGGUAAUAGUAGCCACCCCGGGAAUACUGUGGGAUUUGAUUUCCGAGGUAAGUACCUCAUGUAUCAUAAGUUGUACUGAUUCACUUUCUUUUAGAGAUCUGAAACAGUCGACACACACUUGUAUAUGUAGGUAUGUUUCUCAUGAGAUCGGUUGUCCUGUGUAGUUUUCAGCAUGAAUUUGGUUUUCCAAUGUCGUGUAAGUUUUUCCUGUAAGCAUUUUCUACUGCUCUGUAAACAUCAAUGCCAGGCGUUUUUUUUCUUUUUCAUAUACCCAACGGUGAAAUUGGAGUGUAGCCUCUUUCUAUCAAAUAGAUGAUUCUAGAGAUAUCUGCUGGCGGCGUUUAAUUUCAGGGUGAAGAGCAUGUCUGCCGUUUGGAGCACUUGAGAUAUCUUGUGAUUGACGAGGCAAACAGAAUGGUGGAGCAAGGCCACUUUCAAGAAUUAUCUUCAAUAUUGGACCUCAUUCAUAGAAAGAGGCAAUGGACUUCAAUUUCCAUCGGAGCUUGAAUUUCUCUCAGGCUUCUCUUUCUGAAAUUAAUGGUUUUCAUGACUGUCAACUUGUAAACUGAAAUUUUAACUUUAAUGUUUCCUUUUCGCAGUGAUUAUGAUGAAGAUGAGGGAACUGCAAAGCGAAGACAUCUACAGAAGUUUAUUUUCUCUGCAACUUUAACUCUUCCAAAGUCGUUUAAGAGGAAAGGAAAAGAAAAGAAGAUCGCAAGUGAAGAAGGCUUUGGUAAAUCACGGCUUAUUUGACUCAGAGUAAUAGAAGCUAGAGAUAGUAUCAACGUUUUUUAUCAGCUAUUACUGAAGGAAUGAAAUGAUUUAAAUAAUCCAUCAUUUAAAACCCGAAAAUUUGCUGCUUUAUGAAGUGUGUCGAAGCUUGUAUUGUGUUGUUUUGUUUUUGUCUUUGUUAUCUAACAUCUUAGUUAAACAUGAUUAAGUUGAUCGGCUUGUGUUCUUCCGUUAACAGCAAUACUCUUUGCAUUUUACAUUUUUAGUGUCGCUGAUGGACAAAGUUGGGCUGCAGAAGAACAGUUUUAAAAUUAUCGAUGUCACCAACAAGAGAGGAUCCGUAGAAACCCUGACAGAAGCAAAGAUCUCAUGUGUAAUUGAAGAGAAG